AUGGCAUCGAAUGCAGCACAUAUGUGCUGUUUUAAGUCGUCCAAGGUCAGCGGAACUGCGGAACUCUCCGCUGCAGUGCGGACCAAUUACUGGGCGGGGGCCCUCGAUACCACCCUCACCUGGCUCACAACCCUGUCGGCCGGUGAGGGCGAGAGCCAGGCAAAGGGGGCUCCACUCGAGGCCUGGCCUCGCAUGAAGCCUUCAUCGCCUGGCUCUCCCCGCUUGCCAGCCGGAAGGCUGAGCAUGCGCACUGGCGCUGUCUUUCUCUAUGGCUGUCUGCAGGUCGCUUGGGAACCUGAAGUGUUGCCUCCUUUUGCCUUUGUGCCCAAGAAGGAGAGAAGGACGUUGCAAGGAGAAGACAUGGAAGUCGGAGGCCAUAAAACAUCCCUCAAGGUUUCUUCUAGGUUACCUUCUCUUCGGGGUGGAAUUGAUACUCUGGACGUCCCACUAAAGCAGAAUCGGAUGACCAUUAAAAGAGAACCCAAAUCUUCUACUGGGGAGGAAUGGAUCCCAUCAGAUCCGAGAGAGAGUAAGCCGCGUAUGAAAGUUGAGAGUUUUGAGAAUCCAGUGACCAUUACGAAGGAGCUGGAGUCUUCAACAGAGAAAGCGUCAAUCCCAUCAGAUCCAAAAAAGAGUUUUCAGAAUCUGGUGGCUAUUAAGAGAGAGACCGAGACUUCCACAGAGGAGGAAUGGAUCCCACCAGGUCCAAGGGAGAGUCCGUUGCACAUGAAAGUCAAGAGUUUUGAGGAUCCAGUGACCCCUAAGAGAGAAGCCGAGCCUUCCACAGAGGAGGAAUGGAUCUCGACAGAUCCCGUAGAGAGCACUCUGCUCAUGGAAGUUGUGGAGGAGAGUUUUGAGGACGUUGCCUCUCCAGUUCAAGAUGAUUCCAACAAGAGGAGUAAAAUGCAUAGGAAUCAGAAGGAGGUGGUCGAUGAAAGCCCAGAUUGGGACUACGGCGUCACAUUCAUUUCCCCCGAAGGGACUUACCUCCCCAAAAUCCCAUUGCGCGAAUAUCAGAAGGCACAGCAGCACCGUCUGUCGAAAGAUGGGGGGCUGAAGAGGCACCAGUGCCUGGAGUGUGGGAAGGCCUUCAAGUUCAACACCAAGUUGAGGCUGCACCAGCGGACCCACACCGGGGAGAAGCCCCACGAAUGCCCCGAGUGUGGGAGGUGCUUCAGCUACAGCGCCAACCUCCGGACGCACCUCAGGACUCACACUGGGGAGAAGCCAUACCGGUGCGCCCAGUGUGGACGCUGCUUCAGCCACAGCUGGAACCACAAGAUGCAUCAGAAGGUGCAUGAGGGAAAGAGCGGGCAAGGGGGCCAGAAAGAGGUUCCGUCGCACACCGGGUCCCAGAUCGCAACAAAUAAUUCGCACAACAGAGACACAAUGUAAGGGCUAAAACCAACUGUUCACCCUAACUUGGGUCAACCCAUGGAAGCAGUAGAGUUUACACAGGUGUUGGCUUGUUGAUUGGUUGGUGGGUCUGUUAGAGUAGGAUUCAGCCCUGAAGAAUGCAAGUCCAGGUUGGAGUUGUGUGGCUCUCCCAAAACUCCUUAUUCCUCUUCCUUGGGUUUCUGGGAGUUGUAUCUCAAGGGCCACACAAUUUUAACAUAUGGACAUCUUUGACUUAUAAUCGUGUGCCUGAGCUGACACCAGAACCAAUGUACGCAAUAAAUGAGAGUUGGAAAACCAAGCAAUGGAUCACAUUUGUCUCUCCAGGCCAUUGUCUCCGUUCCAUCGGGACAUUGGAGAAGGCCCUUUUCCAUGAAGCUCUUCUCCAUCUCAGAAGCUCCAUCUUCUCAGUGGGAAGUGAUCUAGUUUUGAAGAUCCAUCACAGAAUCAUAAGAGUUAGAAGGGGCAACAAGAGCCAUCCAACUCAAGUCUUACUUUGUUGAGCUUCUCCAAUGUGAGAAGGAAAAGCAAAGCAUGUUAUGGAAACAUGAAAAUGAAGUGAUACAACCUCAAUGAGGUGAAUGAUUCUUCCAAAAGUUACCCACCUUUCCAGGUGUGUGUGUCCAUAUUGGGUUCUUCUUACUUCAAGAACCCAAUACGGACACAUACACAUCUGAAAUAAUAGAAUCAUAGAAUCAUAGAGUUGGAAGAGACCACAGUUGUGUUGAAGGCCCUCAACAGACCGAGGAGCUCUAGAAAUAGAACACACUUCUGUCUUCAUGGAGACCUUCCAAAACAUCCCCCUCUCUUGAUGUAAGAAGAGCCCAGUAUGGACACAUACACACCUGAACUUAGGAUGAAGACCUUCAAUAGCUGAGGAUCCCUAGAAAUGGAACAUGUUUCUCUCUUCAUGGAGACCUUUCUAAACAUUCCCAUCUUUUGAUGUAAGAAGAGCCCAAUAUGGACACAUACACACCUGAAAUCAUAGAAUCAUAGAGUUGGAAGAGACCACAGUUGGAUUGAAGACCCUCAACAAAUCAAGGAGCUCUAGAAAUAGAACACACCUCUGUCUUCAUGAAGACCUUUCAAAACAUCCUCAUCUCUAGAUGUAAGAAGAGCCCAGUAUGGACACAUACACCUAAACUUGGGAUGAAGGCCCUCAACAGGUGGGGGAUCCCUAGAAAUGGAACACGCUUCUGUCUUCAUGGAGACCUUCUACUAAUCAAAAGAAGAUCCACCCAGGACUUUCAGCUAAAACCCAUCUGGAACAUGAGAAAAACUUCAAGUGUAGCACAUGCCUCCAAAGGGAUUAUGUUGAGUUGCAGUUCCCCAAUCUCUUCCCAUUGUCUGAGGCUGAUGGGAGUUGUAGUCCAGGAACAGAUUCAGAUUGGACGAGCCUAUGGGUCCAUAACUUGAUAAUUUGCCUUACCAAUUGACCGAAACCCCUCCUGGGGACUGGUAAAUCCAAUGGGACAACUGAGGCUGAACUCCUAUUCGUUGCUGGUGGGAAUUGUGUGGUCUGUGGGCCACAUUUUGUAGACUAAGUCACCCUCCCAUAUUAUCACCCCAAAUGACUGAAAAGAAGCCAUGAUUUGCUUCCCAUUUAGGGCAAUAUAUUAAUAGUUUUCCACCGACUAGGGGUGGGUCCAUGGCAGUCAACCAGAAUUGCGGUAAGAGCUGCCCAUGCAAUAUAAAUUCUGUUUAGUUGAGGAUAUUAUUUUGUCUUUCCUUUUUAAAUAUCCCUAUGUUUUCAGUUUUGUUGUGUUUGAUUAAAGGAGUUCAUCCUGC